ACGUUUUCCGUCUAUUUAAGCCCUCCUGAAAUUCCUCUUUGAUCAUUCCCUCUUCUUUCCCUCCAGCAUCUUUCCGAUGGAUGCCCAGAACCUGAAGCAACGGAUCAGAGAUGACCCCGGCGACGCCGCCGCAUCAAAACAGAGCAAUGGACCCAGGCGGGACAAGAGAAUGGCAAUGGCCAAACGGGGACUUAGAUCGCUAGCAGUCGCUGUAGCCAUACCUCUCUCCCUCACCCUCCUCAACAUCUACCUUUCAGGCUCGAACCGUCAUGGCUACGGCACCCUAAACAAACCCUUCUGGUUCCCGCCGCUAUGGCUUCUCCACGCGACGUGCGUGGCUUCGAGCUUCUUGACGGGCCUAUCGGCGUGGCUGGUGUGGGCGGAAGGCGGGUUCCACAAGAACCCAAAGGCGCUGUCUCUUUAUUUGGCCCAGCUAGGAUUGGGGCUGGCUUGGGAAAUGGUUGUGUUUCGGAUUGGGGCUAGUUGGGCCGGGCUGGUAGUGUGCCUGGCAACUUUUGGGUCUCUGGCGAGCUGUUCCAAGGUGUUCCGGAAGACGAAUCCGAUCGCCGGCGAUCUGUUUAAGCCUUGCUUGGCUUGGGCUGCAUUCUUGGCCGUAGUUAAUCUUAAACUCGUUUUCCUUUGAAGUAUGGCAUUUUUUUGGUGGUAUCUUGGUGGGAAUACUAUCUUGGAUCAACAACUUUAAGCCCAUUUUCUUAAUUUAAUUUAAGACAAUUUUAUUAUUGUAAAUGUUUAUACAUGUGUAAUUUUUUUAAAAAAACAGGAUAAAUGUGGGGGGAUUUUUUAGGAGAAUGAGGAUGACUCAAACACAAGUCUAGUAAAAACUUUUAUGUAGGGAGUUAUUACGUACUCUAUUCAAAAGUUCUUUUAUAUAUGUAAUUUAUAAAAAGUUAUUAUUUUG